AUGUCUUACCACCAGCAGCAGUCCAAGCAGCCCUGCCAGCCUCCUCCUGUGUGCCCACCUCCCAAGUGCCCAGAGCCUUGUCCACCUCCCAAGUGCCCAGAGCCUUGUCCACCUCCACAGCGUCCUGAGCAGUGUCCACCUCAGCUGUGUCAGCAGAAACAUCCUCAUGUACAACCUCCUCCACCCUGCCUGCAGAAGUGCCCACCCAAGAGCCAGUGA